UUGGUAAACGGAAAAAAGAUACUUGGAAAAUGAAUUUAUUUUUAUGUAUGACAUUUUGCUGUUGUUUAACGUAUCAAUGUUGUAGCACAGACAGUUAUGGAAAGUGAAAUUGUGGCAAACCUUCGUUAUGUAGUUCUGUUUGGAAUGGAGGAUCUUACGAAGUUACACAAGAUUUUUAUUGUGUUACGACGAGAACAGCUGUCAUUUUUGUAAUGACGGUUGUGGGCAAGAGCAGUUAUUUUGUUUCAAGAACGGACAGUUACUUUCGAGACGUUAGUUUAUUUUCCAGGUGCCAGUGGUUUGUGACUUACUGUGAUCGUUGUCAAGUAUGCAGUUCUUAAAAUAAGGUGUGAUGUUUUUUAGUGAAGUGUUUAGUGUAGAAUGAAUGUUAUUGAGGUUAUGACGCUGAGAAGGCGCACGAAAUCAGUAAAACGAAAGAACAGCGAAAGACAGCAGUGCAUCUCUUGGAUAACACCCAGCAACCAGAGACAAGUGGUGUAAGAAAAGGCUCUUUAUUUAUGAAAGGAACGACAGCUGUUUAAGCACUACAAUGGACUGUAUACAAGAUGAAGAUCGCAAACGACGACUGCGUCAGUUGGAAGAGGAGAUUCAAGAUCCUCGUAGUGUUGCAAAUGUUGACUGCUUGUUGGAUACAGUUCAGGCCUUAGUUUCGGACUGUGAUCACCCAGCUGUCAAACGAAUGAAAAAUAUAGAAGCAUAUAUGAAUAGAUAUGAUUCUGUGGCAGCCACUAUUUGUAGGUUACGUAUGAAGACAGAUGACUUUUCUCUUAUUAAAGUCAUUGGUAGAGGAGCCUUUGGUGAAGUCCAGUUGGUACGGCAUAGAUCUACUCAAAAAGUGUAUGCAAUGAAGCUAUUAAGCAAGUUUGAAAUGAUUAAACGGUCAGACUCGGCAUUCUUCUGGGAAGAACGCGAUAUAAUGGCCCAUGCUAACUCCGAAUGGAUAGUGCAGCUGCAUUUUGCAUUUCAAGAUGCUAAAUAUCUGUACAUGGUUAUGGAUUACAUGCCUGGUGGUGAUCUUGUUAACCUUAUGUCCAACUAUGAUGUGCCUGAAAAAUGGGCAAAAUUUUAUUGUGCUGAAGUUGUUUUAGCUUUAGAUGCCAUUCACUCGAUGGGUUUUGUUCAUAGAGAUGUGAAACCAGAUAAUAUGCUUCUGGACAAGCAUGGUCACCUCAAGUUAGCAGAUUUUGGUACUUGCAUGAGGAUGGAUGAUGAUGGUCUAGUGCGGUCAGAUACAGCAGUAGGUACUCCUGAUUACAUAUCACCAGAGGUGCUACAGUCCCAAGGUGGAGAAGGUGUUUAUGGUCGUGAGUGUGAUUGGUGGAGUGUGGGUGUCUUCCUUUAUGAAAUGUUAGUUGGAGACACUCCAUUUUAUGCCGAUAGCCUUGUUGGUACAUACAGCAAGAUCAUGGAUCAUCGCAAUUCACUUCAUUUUCCAACAGAUGUAGAAAUUAGUCAAGAUGCUAAAGCCUUAAUUUGUGGCUUUCUCACGGACAGAACAAGGCGCCUAGGAAGAAAUGGAGUUGAAGAAAUAAAAUCUCAUCCAUUCUUCCAGAACGACCAGUGGACAUUUGAUAAUUUACGAGACUGUGUUCCACCAGUUGUUCCAGAACUAAUGGGUGAUGAUGAUACAAGCAAUUUUGAUGAUGUAGAUAAAGAUGAAAGUCCAGAAGAAAAUUUCGCUACGCCAAAAACUUUUGCAGGAAACCAUUUGCCGUUUGUGGGUUUCACAUACUCAAGGGAUUAUCAAUAAAUACUGGCACCAAAUCCUCUGCGUCAAAGUGGUAAUGACACAAUGAGCCUGUCCUGACCGAGUGCUUUGGAGGCAGAACUAGAAAACCAGCGUUCUCUUGUGAAGUGUCUUGAAGCUAAACACGCAUCUGUGUACAUACAACUGGAAGAAGUGAAUCAGAGGAAAGCAGAAAUAGAAGAGAUGAAUGAUCAGUUGGAGAAGAGGAUAACCCUCCAUAAACAGGAAAUCAAAGAGUUGCUGCGGAAAGCUGAGGCAGAAGCUGAUAUCCGGAGAAAGACUGAAGUGGUUCUCCAGGAAAUGAAACGAAAAUUGGAAGAUGAGCAGAAUAAACGAACAAGAGAAAUGAACAAUAAUCAACAAACUAAUGACAAGAUAAAUGUCUUAGAAAAACAGUUGACAGACAUGCAGGAAAGCAAUACUCGUCUCCGGAAGCAGGUUGCAGAGUUGACAUUAGCAAAAUCUACAGCAGAACAGGUGCAAGGUGAAUUGCAGAGCAAGUUAACAUCUCUACAGUUGCAAAGAGAGAAUCUACAGCAAGAGGUUGCAACUCUUGAAGGACAGCUAUCACAGGAAAGAAGUUCUCGUUGCCAGGCUUCUGACUUGCAGCAGGAAUUGGAAGGUCGUCUGCAGUCAAUGCAUGGUGAACUUGAACGAGCUCAGCAGAGAGAGAAUAAACUCACAGAUGACAAUCGUCAAAUGGUUGAAAAAAUCUCAAGCCUGGAGAAGGAAUGUGCAUCCUUGGAAUUAGAACUUAAAGCAGCUCAGAACAGGUAUCAACAAGAAGUUAGAGCACAUGAAGAAACAGAGCGAAGUCGUCUUCUGAGCAAAGAGGAAGCAAACAUAGAAGUCGUCAAAGCUUUACAGGCAAAACUGAAUGAAGAAAAAAGUGCUCGGCAGAAGGCAGAUUUACAGUGGCAGGAGAAGGAACGCCAGAUGUCUAUGCUUUCUGUUGACUACAGACAGAUCCAGCAGAGGUUACAGAAAUUAGAGGGAGAAUAUCGGCAGGAAGUUGAAAAGGUGAAAGCCCUGCAUGGACAGAUAGAACAGGAGCAGCAGAAGAAGAAUGUCUUGCAGACAGAACUUGGAGUGCAGGCAUCAGAAGUCGCUCACUUACGUGCAAGGGAAGCUCAGCUUAUUCGUGAAGUAACACAGUUAAGAGAGGGCAAAAAAUCUAUUGAAGAAGAGCUGCACAAAGUUAAAGCUGCUCGAUCUGUGGACGAUUUGCAGAUGAAGGAGUUGCAAGACCAACUUGAAGCAGAACAAUACUUCUCGACAUUGUACAAGACACAGGCACAGGAACUAAGGGAGGAGGUGGAUGAAAAACAGAGGUCAAUACAAGAGCUUGAGGAGGAAAGAGACUCAUUUUCUAGGCAGUUGCAGUUGGCUCUUGCUCGAGCUGACAGUGAAGCACUUGCUCGGUCGAUUGCUGAGGAGACAGUUGCUGAUCUAGAGAAAGAGAAGACUGUCAAAGAAUUGGAACAUAAAGAUCUGAUGUCAAAGCACCGAGCUGAACUUGCUAAUAAGGAAAUAGCCCUAAAUACGGCGAAGGAGAGGGAAAUGGACUAUAAGAAGACUGUUGACCAGUUAGUGAAAGAAAAAGAUGAAUUAAAUCAUCAGCUGAAGAUUAUGCAACAAGUUACAAAUGAGGCCAAUAAUAACAAUGAAGAACUGGAAAGGCUACACCGACAACUAAAAACAGAGCAGCUACUGAAAAUGCAAGCUGUGAACAAAUUAGCAGAAAUAAUGAAUCGUAAAGAUAUGAGCAAUGCAGGUCGUGGUAAGAACAAAGUUUCGUCAGCAGAUCUUAGGAAGCGGGAGAAAGAAUGUCGGAAACUUCAACAGGAGCUCACACAGGAACGAGAUAAAUACAGCCAGAUGGUGGCAAAAUGGCAAAAGGAUAUGCAGGAGUUACAAGCUCAACUUCAGGAAGAAAAUACAUUGAAAAUCCGUCUGCAAAUGGAGCUUGAUUCCAAAGACUCCGAGAUAGAGCAGCUACAUGUUAAGCUAGCAUCUCUUAGCAGUGAAACUGCAUCAUUAAGUAGUGCUGACAAUGAUGAUGACUUAAUAGGCCAAGAGUCAAGGUUAGAAGGCUGGUUGUCUGUUCCUAACAAACAGAAUAUAAGGCGACAUGGUUGGAAGAAACAGUAUGUUGUAGUGUCCUCAAAGAAAAUAAUAUUUUAUAAUUCGGAAAGUGAUAAGCAGAACACGGAUCCUGCACUUGUUCUUGACCUUAAAAAAGUUUUCCACGUUCGUCCAGUAACACAGGGUGAUGUAAUUAGAGCAGAUGCCAAAGAUAUUCCACGAAUUUUUCAGCUACUUUACGCUGGGGAAGGGGAAGCUAGAAGACCAGAUGAGAGUGGUACGAAUCAGUUGGAGCUCUCUACACUGAGGGAUGAUAAGCCGGGGACCUAUUCUCUCAAAGGUCAUGAGUUUAUCCAGAUCUCGUUCCACAUGCCAACAAAUUGUGAAGUCUGUCAGAAGCCACUGUGGCACAUGUUUCGACCACCAGCUGCCUUGGAAUGCAGACGGUGCCAUAUUAAGGUUCACAAAGAGCAUCUGGAGAAAAAGGAGGAUGCCAUUGCACCGUGUAAACUACAUUAUGAUCCAAAUUCUGCCAAAGAACUAUUAAUACUGGCUUCCAAUGUGGAAGACCAGAAACUUUGGAUUCAACGACUUGGGAAGAAAAUACAAAAAUGUGGAUACAAGGCCAAUAGUGGAAUUGAUGGAGCCAAAAUUUCACCAAGAGAAUCAACACGUUCAUCACUUAAGCCAUAUAUACACCAACAGCAACGCUCUGCAACACUACCUGCAAAUGCAUCUGCUGUUGGAAAAUAAGUGUGAGCUGCUUUCAGAGGUGCAAGUGGCUGUUGAGACUGUGAUUGCUAGGAGGCUAUAAGUGCUGUGUAAAGAAAUAAUUUAUUUUUUAACAGUGGCCUAACCAAAGUUUUAUCUCUGAAUAUAGUUGUAACAUAUUAUUAGUAGUAAAAAAUAGCUUUAUAUUUUCUCUUUGAUUGAGCUUCACAAGUACAGCAAUUUUUAUUUGGAAGGAUUUUGUGAGGCUGUGGACAUUAUCAUUCUUAAGCAAAGAAACUGAAGCAGCAGAAGUGACCCACUGUUUGUGAGGAAGGGGGAGAGGUUUUCUGUUGGCAGCUCAUGUUAGGUUGUAAAACAUUUGAAAUACUUGUUUUAUGAGUUUCCCGUUUUGGUGUGGUUAUGAUUUAGGAAAAAAGGCUCUUAAUCAGCAUCUUGCCUAUCAGUUUCACAUCAUAGCCACUUCUGACCUGAUUUAGUAAGUGUACAAAUGUAAUUUUUAGUUAUACUUGUCAUGUUAGUUACAGUAAUACAACAGAAAAUGUGAGAACAGAUGUAACUCUCACAAAGAUUACAUUCAUGACUGAAUAUUGAAGCCAAAGUUUUGAUAAACAUUUUUGCAAGAUUUAGACACACAUAUUUACAUCACAUAUUGCUGUGACUCAGAAAUAUUGAAGUUUGCUCAUAAUCAUUUUUCUGACGUUUACAUUCCUUUUCUUUCCACUAGAAUGAUUCGUUGAUUUGUACUUCCAAAGAAAAGGACAAGAUUUCCCUUGCUCAUUUCACAUUGCAUCUGUGCCAAUUAAUUUAACUGUUAAAAAAGUUUACAAAUUAUGUACCAUUAUAUGUGAAUGCCAAGUUUCAAUGAAACUUGUUAUUUUAUUUAUAUGUAUACAUAAAUAUGUGUAAGGCAGACUUCUGCAGUUAUGUACAUGUUUGUUGCUGUGUUCCAUUUUCACAUUGUUGAUUACAUGUGGAGAAUAUAUAUGGACUGUGCCUUUAUAUCAUGCAAAAGAAUAAACUUGUGGUACUAUUUAGAGUUCUAAGUUAAAGUAUUUAUGUUUUUCAUUUUUUAAAAGGAAUAACUUAUGUUAAGUUAUGCCAAAAUUGUGGAAUUACCAACUACAAUUUUAUUUAAUAUGUACCAUAAAACUACUCUUUUGUAUAUAUGACCAUAGUGCUAUUUGUAUAUGAAAAAUUAUGUAAGCAAUAAAUUUGGCCAAAAGUGGACGUAUUUUUAAAAUGAGUGUAAUUUUUUAUUAUUUUAAAUAACACUGAAUGCUUCAGGUACCAUUUCUCAGUAAGUUCUUGUUAACAUAGAUGUUUGCACUGCUGUUGCUACAACUGUUAAAAAAGGGAGGAAAGAGAGAGAUUGUUUUAUUGGUUUCUUCUGCAAUAAACUAUUCUCAAGACUGCAUAAAAACACAGGCAAAAAACCU